AUGAUUGAAACAAGAAGUAAAACUAAAGCUGCUAGAGCUGCUAAAGCUAUCAACACCAAAAACAAAUCAACUGAACAAGUCCAUAAGAAUACUACAAUCAAAGUUCUUAAAGCACGUGAAAAGAUCUUUUUAAAACUUAAGAAGAAUGAUACAAAUUCAUCAGGAUUAGAAUAUCUUGGAUCAGUUCAAAGACAAAGAAUCCUUUUAAGGUUUAAAAAUCCAAAUUAUCAUCAAAUUGCUGCUAAUGGUGAUUGUUUAUCAAAUGCUACUGCUGGAAAAUUGAAAACUUUAUGA